AUUUUGGGUUGUGGAGAAAGUCAAACCUCCAUUUUUAAAUCAAAUAAUGUCUUUACUCGUCUCUUGCUAUAAAUACACCAACUACGAAAGUUGGAACCCAUCUCCAUUUCAAAUCUAAUCCCACAACGAUCUUCUUUUUCUCUAUUUAGAUUCUGCUUUUGCUUCCCCACAAUCUCUAAAUUUUCUCUUCACAUGCUCUUUAAUAUCUACCUUAAAAUCCCUCAUCUUUCGCCAAACUCCCCCAACUUUUUUCUUUCAGUCUCUCUCUCUUUCUUCCAUCUUCUAUCAGUUUUCCUUUCACAGUACUUUCUCUGCAUCUUCUGGGUUCCUGUGCCAGUUUUGUGCUUUCAAUUUUCUUCCUUUGUCUCUCCAAAGGGGAAACCAAGAUAAGGGCAAUAUUUUGUUGUGCUCUGUUUCCUCUAUAUUAUUUUCACUUUUUCCAUUUUCAGAGUUUUACUUCAAAAUCGAUCAAAAUUUCGUUGUUACAAAAAGUCGAGAUGCAAGAAAAUACCAUCCCUCAAUUCGCAUUCACAAAUAGUGGUGUUGAUAUUCGGUCCUCUCUGUCACAGAUCAUUUUAGCAGGAGGUACAAACACCUUAGAUUCAAUCUUCUCUCAUUGCUCGCCAUCAACGACCCCCACCACCACGAUCAGCCCUGGUUUUGAGCCCCUAGGCUCCUCAGUGUACCUCUGGCAGAGAGAUCUUCUCCAAAAAUUCAGCCAAGAAAACAGAGCAAUGACAUGCUUUGCUCGCAACCCAUUAACAAACCCACCUCAAAGCUCUGUGUCAACAAGCUCCUAUUUGUGCCCAAUGAAGAAGAAGCUAUACAGGGGAGUGAGACAGAGACACUGGGGGAAAUGGGUAGCCGAGAUUAGACUCCCACAAAACAGAAUGAGAGUCUGGUUAGGCACUUAUGAUACUGCAGAAACUGCUGCUUACGCCUAUGACCGCGCUGCAUAUAAGCUCAGAGGAGAGUACGCAAGACUCAAUUUCCCAAACCUCAAAGACCCAAGAAAGUUGGGAUUUGUGGACUCUACGAGAUUGACUGCUUUGAAGAACUCUGUUGAUGCGAAAAUCCAAGCGAUUUGUCAACGAGUGAGAAGGGAGAGAGCAAAAAAGAACGGAAAGAAGAGCUCUGGUGAGAGUGGGAAGAAUGGGAGUGGUGAUAGCGAGAAGAAGACAGUGAAGAAGGUGGAGUCUUGUUCAUCAUCUUCAUCUUUAUUGGCUCCCGUGUAUGAAGAAAAUUGGAGCAGUGAAUUGAUGUCACCAACAGUAUCUGAAAAUGGGAUGUGGAAGAAUGAGAAUUCACCGCCUUCUGUGUCGACAGAGGGUCCAAUGGCGGUGGCAGAUGAAGCAGAAUUUGAAGGAUGCUUGCUGGCAAGGAUGCCAUCUUUUGACCCUGAAUUGAUUUGGGAGGUUCUAGCCAAUUAGAGACAUGAAGAAGGAGAGAGAGCUCUUGUGUGUUUCCGCAGGAUAGAGAGGCAAAUGUAAAUGGGGUUUAAGCAUAUUUUUCACAUUCUUCUUUGUUUCUUACAACAAGUCUUUGUUUUAGGUUAUUAGGGAUAUGAUUUGGCCUUCGUUUUUGAAAGGAGGCACUUUUAAAUUGCUAGGCUGGGAUCAGUAUGAGUUUAAAGUAAGAUUAGAAGCAUGAGUUAGCCAUUAUUGUUUGUCUUCACCUCAAAGAAACUUAUAUAUGCUUUU